AUGAUCCUCAUAAAACUGAACCCAUCUUUAGUGACAUUCAUAGUAAAUCAUUUAUAAAAUUAGGAACAUACACCAAAAUAGAAAGAAGAAAUUAAUAAAAUAAUUAAAACUAAAUAACCAUCAUUACCUUACUUACCUAAAAAAUAGAAAGAAUUUUAUAAUAAAUGGUACAUACCUUAUGAUUAGAGGUAUCUAUAAAAGCCAGAUGUAAUGGAAUAAUAAUAUGAAGGUAUCAACAUCUAAAAUAAAUUUAUUAGAUGAAUUGCACUUUUAUAAAAAUAUGCAUAAUAUGUAUGUACAAUAUAAUCCAUUUGAUUAAAAUUUACCUGAUGAUCUAAUGAAAAAGAUUGGCUACAAGGAGAGAACUGAGACACUUAAAGAAUUAUUGAAAGGGUAGAAGUAGAUAAUUGAAUUUAAAAGGUAUUUAUUGCAAAAUAUAACUUAGGAAUUUAGAAAAAGAAAAAUAAAGAGUUCCUGAAUUUAUAAAAUAAUUAUUAGACUCUGAUAAUAAAAAAUAAAAAAAAAAGUAAUACUCAUGA